AUGACCGACGCGAUAACAGCGAAUACUAACAAAGACCGAGACGAACUGUUCAACUCUCUCUGUCGUAAAAAAGGCAACCGCUUGUGUUUCGAUUGCAACACCCCGAACCCGAAAUGGACGAGCAAAAACUAUUGCGUGUUCAUAUGCCUCGAUUGCUCCGGCAUACACAGAAGUUUAGGCGUGCACAUCUCGCAAGUAAAAUCGGCAAACAUGGACCGAUGGUCGAGAGAUGAACUGGAUGUUUUUAAAGCGAGCGGGGGGAACGAUGCCGCGCGGGCGUUUUUCUCGCAACACGGAUGGAAUUCGAACGAACGAGGACGCAUAGCGCAAAAGUACACGUCUCGAGCGGCGAAUUUGUACAAGGAGCGCUUGCGGAGAGAGUGCGAAAACAUGCGGCGCAAAGGAGGUGGUAUCUCGCCGUUGCAAAGUCCGACGGAGCAAGGACCGAAGACGGAUUUCUUUGGCGAUCCGUUGGUGUCGCCGAGAGCGGCGACGGGUUCGGCGACGACGAAGAACGUAAAGACGAUGGAAAAUUACUUCCCAAAGUCGCCGAAGAAGAAGGAUGCCACAACGGAGGAAAAGGAAGAAGCGCCGUCGAAAGCUUCUAAGCCUUUGGCGGCGUCGCAGCCGAUGUAUAAGAAAAUUACGCCGGUGCAGACGUCGAAGCCAAAGGUAAUGGUGUCGUCGACGACGAAGAAAGUCGGGUUGGGCGCGAAGAAAGUCGGGAGCGGCGGCGGCGGGUUAGGAUUGGGCGCGAAGAAGUUGAACGCCAAAGUCGACGAUCGAUUGUUCGAUCAAGCGCCAGGCGAGGACGUACCAGUUAACAACACUAGCAGCAGUAACCCGGUAUCGCCGAGAUCCGGCGGCGUGAGCCCGAGAGACUCGAGCGGACACGUGGCGUUGCCGCCAAAGUCGAACAGGUUCGCCUACUCCGAGGACGGUUUUGGCAACGCUUCGACGAAAAACGAGACGACGACGAAUAGGAACGAGGAUGGACCGAAAUACACCAUGGGUGGUUUAGAGAGCGUUCCGAUGAAUUCCCGCAGGGGUGCGAGUGGCCACGUGACGUUGGACAGAAACGCCGGAAAGAAAACGAACAUUGAUACGAGAAACUUUGGUGGCGGUAGCAACGCGAGCAGUAGCGCGUCGAGACCGCCGUCGGGUAAUAAUAAUAGCAGCAGAUCUGCGUUUGGCGCCAGUCCAAAGUAUGGGAAUAGCGGAAGUGGUGGUGGUUUUGGACGAAACGCAUCGUCGUCUGCAUCCACGAGCACGAACCCAGCCGCCGCGGGCGCGGCGAACGAUAACUACUACAACGCCACCGAGCGAUUCGCGGGCGCCAAGUCCAUCUCCUCGGAUGCGUUUGGCAGCGGCGGCGGAAGCGGCAACAGAACAAACAAUAACGACGAUGGUUUUGGAUGGGACGCGAACCGAUACGCCGGCGAGAGUGGGUUUGGAAGUUCGGAUAUUCGAAGAGGCGCGACGAGUCCGCGAGGCGACGACUUGGACCUCUCCGCGAGCGAUUUGAUGGAGAAGAUUUCCUUCCAAGCGAAACAAGACGCGGCGGCGUUUAAAAACGCCGCCAGUCGAGGGAUCAGCGGAUUGAAGAACAUGGCGAGCAGCAUCUUCGACGAGCUGAACCGUUAA